AUGCCUCAAGUCCACGCCAUCUUGCCUUUACCAUCAAAAUGGCCGUUGCUGCAUUCCAAUAUUUUCUUUUCUUCUGCGCCAAUUCGACGUCGUUUGCGGAGGACCUUCUCUCCCACUAAACCUCCCAGUCUUAAACGUCUCACCUCUCGCAUUGUCCAACUGACUCGCCGCAGACAACUUCAUCAGAUAUUUGAGGAAAUCGAGUGUGCGAGGAGGGAAUAUGGGAAGCUGAACACGAUCGUGAUGAACGCGGUGAUGGAGGCUUGCGUUCACUGUGGAGAUGUUGAAAUGGCUCUCAACAUCUUUCAUCAAAUGGCUCAACCCCACAGUUGUGGUGUUGAUAUUGUCACCUAUGCUACACUCUUGAAGGGAUUGGGUCGGGCUCGAAGAAUUGAUGAAGCAUUCCAAAUACUUGAGUCUGUGGAGCAAGGCACCGCUGCGGGGAAGCCAAAUUUGUCAGCGCAGCUUAUCUACGGUCUGUUGAAUGCUUUAAUUGAAGCAGGAGAUCUACGCCGUGCUAAUGGUCUUCUUGCACGCUAUGGUUUUCUACUUCGUGAAGGCAGGAGUCUUUCAAUAUCUGCUUACAACUUGCUAAUGAAGGGAUACAUAGGCGCGGGGUGUCCUCAGGCUGCAAUAAACCUGCAUGAAGAGAUACUACGUCUUGGGCUAGAGCCUGAUAGACUGACAUACAAUACUCUCGUCUUUGCAUGUGUCAAGACUGAAAAUUUAGAUGCUGCUAUACGUUUUUUUGAGGAAAUGAAGGAUAAAGCACUGAGGUUAUGCCAUCUUGAUCUUUACCCGGAUAUUGUUACAUUCACUACGCUAUUAAAGGGUUUUGGGCAUUCUAAGGAUCUCCAUUCAGUUCAGAAGAUUGUGUUGGAGAUGAAAUCACGUCAUGAUUUGUUCAUUGAUCGUACUGCAUUCACUGCAAUGGUUGAUGCAUUGCUAAAUUGUGGUUCAAUCAAGGGUGCUCUUUGCAUAUUUGGAGAAAUAAUAAAGUGGGCUGGUGCGAAUGUGAACUUGAGGCCAAAGCCUCACCUUUAUCUCUCCAUGAUGCGUGCUUUUGCUGAUCAAGGGGAUUACAAUACGGUUAAGAAUCUGCAUGAGCGGUUGUGGCCAGAUUCUUCUGGAACCAUCUCCCUGGCGGUUCAAGAAGAAGCUGAUCAUCUUCUAAUGGAGUCUGCUUUAAAUAACGGGCAGGUUGAUGCAGCUGUGGAAAAUCUUAUGAAGAUUAUUAACAGAUGGAAGAAGGGUAUAUCAUGGACGAGUCGUGGAGGCAUGGUUGCUUUGCAUAUAGAGGUUCUUCUGGGAUUUACCAAAUCAAUGUUCAGCCCUUACUUGCUUCCUCAGGUGUUGCCAGGUGACCCCAUUGAGAGCAUCAUGAUGCCACUUGAAACAGUUAGGCCAGUACUUGGCACUUUGGAGUUGAAGAAAGUAGUAAUGCGCUUCUAUAGAGAUCCAGUUGUGCCUAUUAUAGAUGACUGGGGCAGCUGCACUGGGCUAUUGCACCGUGAGGAUUGUUAUGAGAUGAAUGCCCCACUUUCAACAAUGAUGAGAAGUCCACCUCCUUGUGUUACAACGACAACAUCCAUUGGUCAUGUAGUUGAUCUAAUUUUGCAACAGAAGUACAAAAUGGUCAUUGUUGUAAAGCAUAGCAACUUGAAUGGUACCACGCAUGGGUCUAGGGCAGUCGGUGUUUUUACAGCUGAACAAUUAGUUAACCUCAUGGCCCCUGUGCCAGAGGUGCUGAAGCAAAAACACUCUCUUUGUAGAAGAUUGACAAUGUUUUGAUGCAGUUGUUAUCUUCUGCCUUUUUUUUUUUUU